CCUGCAGCCAAACAGACUGCUCCAAAAGCCUACAAUAUCAAAUUUCUACUCGAAGAGUUUUCUCAGUCGUCAAUGGCGUUCGAUGGUCGCGAGUACCGCCUAUCCUGUGAACUUCAGGCACACGAGGACGAUGUUCGAGGAAUUUGUGUCUGCGAUGGCUUAGGAAUCGCCACUUCGUCGAGGGAUAGGACGGUGCGGUUCUGGAGCCGGGAUCCCGAGAAGAAGCAUAGAUAUGUGCUGAAUAAGACUCUCGCUGGGCACUCGAGCUUCGUUGGACCCAUCGCAUGGAUACCUCCUAGUGAGCGGUUCCCAGAUGGCGGGAUCGUGUCUGGUGGAAUGGACACACUCGUUUUGCUUUGGGAUUUGAGGACGGGCUUGGCCGUGGAAACUAUGAAGGGCCAUAGGCUGCAGGUCACGGGGCUUUUAGUGGAUGCUAACGGGGACAUUAUUUCAUCAUCCAUGGACUGCACGAUUCGGCGGUGGAGGAAAGGUGUUGAAGUUGAACUCUGGGAACCUCAUAAGGUGGCCAUUCAAGCAGUAAUAAAGCUACCCUCUGGUGAUCUUGUAACUGGUUCUAGUGAUUCAACCGUUAAGCUUUGGAAAGGAAAGAACUGCCAGCAUACGUUUGUGGGUCACACAGAUACGGUUCGAGAUUUAGCUGUUCUUCCAGAUUUGGGGAUCCUUUCUGCAUCACAUGAUUCCUCUGUGAGGCUCUGGGCUUUAACUGGAGAAGUUUUGAUGGAGAUGCUUGGCCAUUCAUCUCUGGUGUAUUGCGUGGAUGCACAUUCAUCUGGUCUUGUUGUAAGUGGGAGUGAAGACUGCUUUCUCAAGAUAUGGAAAGAUGGCAUAUGCAUGCAGAGCAUCGAGCACCCUGGGUGUGUUUGGGAUGCCAAGUUCUUGGAGAAUGGUGAUGUUGUGACUGCUUGUUCUGAUGGAUCUGUAAGAAUCUGGACAUUACAUAGUGAUCGAAGUGCCGAACCUUUGGAGCUUGAAGCAUAUGCACUGAAACUAUCUCACUAUAAAAUCGACAGGAAAAAAGUUGGUGGCUUGAAGCUGUCAGAUCUACCUGGUUUGGAGGCUCUGCAGAUUCCAGGCACGACUAAUGGGCAAACUAAAGUUAUCAGAGAAGGGGAUAUUGGUGUUGCUUACUCAUGGAAUGCAAAGGAGUAUAAUUGGGAUAAGAUUGGUGAAGUUGUUGAUGGACCAGGAGAUGAAAGCAAUAGGCCGUUACUUGGUGGUAUUCAGUAUGAUUAUGUUUUUGAUGUUGAACUUGGUGAUGGUGACCCCAUUCGUAAGCUGCCAUACAACCGAGGAGAUAACCCUUAUGAUGUUGCUGAUAAGUGGCUUCUGAAGGAAAAUCUUCCCCUUUCAUACCGCCAUCAGAUUGUAGAAUUUAUACUCCAAAAUACUGGGCAGAGAAACUUUUCACUUGAUACAUCAUUUCGUGAUCCUUUCACUGGUUCUAGUGCUUAUAUUCCUGGAGAAACUUCCCAUUCCAUAGGUGGCAUACCAAAACCUACUUAUAAGCAUAUUCCAAAGAAAGGAAUGCUUCUCUUUCAGACUGCACAAUUUGAUGGAAUUCUGAAGAAAAUUACAGAAUUUAAUGUGGUGCUUUCAACUGAAAUGGAGCAUAACACAUCAUCUUUGUCAGAGCUCGAGUUAUCAAGCUUAUCAGUAAUUGUAAAUAUAUUAAAAGACACAGAAAAUUACCAUAGCAGUACUUUUGCCGAUGAUGACUUUAUUAUAUUGUUCAAGAUCCUAAAAUCAUGGCCAAUUUCUUUGAUUUUUCCAGCAAUAGAUAUUUUAAGAAUGUUAAUCAUACAUCAUGAUGGAGCUAGUAGGCUUCUCAACUACAUUGAACAGGGAAAUGAUAUAUGCUUGGAGAUAUUAAAGAGAACGACAGCAGCCCCAACACAUGCAGGGAACCUUUUAACCAUCAUACGUGCCAUCACUAACCUCUUUAAGCACUCAUUUUUCUCUCAGUGGUUACAAAUUCAUUGCAGUGAGAUUCUUGAUGCGUUGUCAGACUGUCAACCAUCAUUUAACAAGAAUGUUAAUUUGUCUUACUCGACAUUGUUACUCAAUUAUUCUGUGCUGUUAAUUGGAAUGAAGGAUGCUGAAGGCCAAGGUCAAGUUCUAUCAGCUGCUCUUGGGGUUGCAGAGGAUCAAAGUCUUGACGUCGAUUCAAAAUUUCGAGCACUGGUUGCAAUUGGAUCACUUAUGCUAGAAGGUGUCGUGAAAUCAAUUGCGCUUGCCUUCGAUGUUCGAAGCAUAGUUAGAGAGGCCAAAGCCUCCAAGGACACGAGGAUUGCCGAGGUAGGAGCCGACAUCGAAAACUUGCUUGCAUCUACCUAACUACCUAACUACCAUUAUCCUUCCUUCAAUUGGUACUUUAUCAAUGCUCUACUUUAUCCAUCAUUUCACUUUCUAUUUUUAUGGAUUAAUCUUUCACCCUUUAUGGAUUUCCUUUCUUCAUGUAUUUACACUGCACUGUGGACUGACUGAUCAGCCUUAUUUGUAUCAAAAUUGCUUUGUUGCAACAUUGGCAUCCCUGCAAUUGGCAAUGGUGAGCCCUUACAACUGAAAGAAGUUUCAGGGAGCCUGAUGUUUUGGGAAGAAAACAGUGAGAUAACUGCGAUUGAUCAUUUGGUUGUGCUUCUAACAAUUAAUAUUUUGACAUCAGUCUUAUUUGUUUCAUUCGAAGUCUUUUUCUGAUCAAAUUGCUUAAUUCAGUUCUAUUGGAAUAA